CAUUGCUGAACCAGAAAAGUGAUCCAAGUUCAAAGGCGGAAAGGAGGAGGAACCAAGCAGAAAUUGGAGGAGUAGAUAGCUGGAGCGCUGCUUGAACAAAUCUGUACUCAUCAGCUUGUCGGGUGGAGAGAUCUAUCCCGAUCAUGCAGGGCCAAUUUGCGCCGGGGCCCGGCGCCCCAGUCCAGCAGCCUGCACAACAGGGGCCAAUGGACCUUCCUUCCGGCAAUCUUCCAGCUGGGUUUGAUGCGAGCGACUGCAAAAGCGUGUAUGUUGGCAACAUCAACCUGAAUGUAACUGAGCAGCUCUUGGCAGAGGUCUUCUCCACGUGUGGGAGCCUGUCAAACUGCAAGCUCAUAAAGAAGGAGAAGUCUUCUUUCGGGUUUGUCGACUUUUUCGACCACCGUUCCGCAGCCCAGGCUUUGCUCACACUGAACGGAAGGAUCUUGAUGGGAGACCCCAUCAAAGUCAAUUGGGCAUUCCAGAGCAACAAGCGAGAGGAUACAUCUAGUCACCACAGCCUAUUUGUGGGUGACCUCUCUCCGGAGAUCACCGAUGCAAUUCUCCACAAGGCUUUCAGUGUGUACCCCAGCAUCUCGGAUGCCCGAGUGAUGUGGGACCAGGCGUCAGGCAGGUCAAGGGGCUUUGGGUUUGUUUCUUUCCGGGAUCAGGCGGAUGCCGAACGGGCUCUCACCGAGAUGAGCGGCCAAAUGCUGGGGUCCCGCCAGAUCCGUUGCAAUUGGGCAACGCGCCAAAAUGCGCCCCAUGGGGGCGGCGGCGGUGGUUUUGGGGGGGGUGGUGGGUUCGGAGGUGGCGGUGCAGUCGGAGGUUUUGCCCAAGCAGUGUCCGGGGGUUUCGGGAUGGGGGGCAACCAAGGCCCAGCCUUCGGCCAGCAGCCGGGCUUCGGAGCGCCUGGGGGCUUCCCCCAGGGGGCCCCCGAUGGUGGCGGGCAGUUUGGACAAUUCCCUGGCCAGGUCGGCUUCCCGAUGGCCGACACCUCGCAGUACACGACGGCGUACAUUGGAAACCUGGCGCAGGAGGUCACGCUGACGGAGCUCCAUCGGCAGUUCCAUGCGCUGAACGUGGGCGUCAUCGUAGACGUCAAGAUCAACCGGGAGAAGGGCUUUGGAUUUGUCAGAUAUCAAACCCACGAGGAAGCGGCUCUUGCUAUUAACGCCAGCAACGGGCUCAUCAUCUGCGGCAAGCCGAUCCGCGUCUCCU